AUGGCCGCGCCCGUCAAACAGGAGCCAGGGUCUGCGGCCUUUAUCAAGCCCGACCCGGACAGCAAAGAGGCUCUCUCGGGCAUGCUAUCAGACGAAGACAUAUACGAGGAUGCUGGAGAUCUCGACUUUUCUCAAGCCGGGCAGAACGUUUGGCUGACGCGCAUUCCGAACGACCUAUGGAAACAUUGGUCGCAUCUCGACGAGGACGAAGAAAUUCAGAUAGGCACUGUCAGGGUUGAAGGAGAGCCACAUGAUAUCAAGCGGAUAAGUUUGCGACUCAACGACCACCCUAACAACAAAGACAUACCCAAAGACUAUCUCCUUCAGCGACAGAACGUGGACUCGAAAAAUAGUUCGUUUACAGUGCAGAACAAUUAUAUUUUCAGCGAGAAAGAUUUACCUGGCCAUAAGAAUCGCGUCGAUGAGAUAUUCGGCGAGACACGAUCGAUGCUCUACGAGUCUGUGAAACGGGAGGCCAGGAAGAAAACAUUCAAAAAGAAAUGGGAGCCCUAUGUGCGGAAGACAAUACCUAAGCAAACGUCAAUCGCUGGAAAGGUCGCAGACGAGUUCAACUGCAUGCCGGUCGAAAACGCAGAAUAUCAACGGCUAUCCGAGGCUAAAGCUUUGGAAGUCCUGAAACCCAAGAACAAAGUUCUCUACCGCCCGAAUCUCGAACAAACAGGCCCGAACGUCAGAGAAGUUGCUGCUGGGAAAAUCGGAGGCUUUGUGCAACCGCUCAAACCAGUUAAACAGCGGGCCCAGGAGAACAAGGCUACCCGGAGAGAACGAAACAUCCUUCUGGAUCAAAUUUUUGGCCUGUUCCGCCAAUAUACUCAUUGGAAAUUUGCCGAUAUCAAGGCUAGGCUAAACCAGCCAGAACAGUAUUUGAAAGAGACGUUGGAAAUGGUGGCACAUCUGGUCAGAUCUGGCGAUUUCGCCAUGACAUGGGAGCUCAAGCCAGAGGCCAAGGAGGCAAACUAUACAGCCGCAAUGCUUGGACAGAACGCCGAGGACGAUGCCAUGGAUGCAUCAGAUAACGAAGACGUGCAAUUUGAGAAUGUUUGA